AUGACACCCGCUGGAUCGUACGCUCUGCGCGGCUCGUUGCCUCUGCCUCUGUGCGCCGCCACCACCACCGCAGCACCCCGCGCCCAUCUGUUCACUGCUCCGCGGACGCUCUCAAGGUCGAUCUCAAGCUCAGGGUUGAGCUCAAUGUCAAGUUCAAUUUCGAGAACAAGAACAAGCCCAAACCCCCUGCUGGCGAACGCGAAUUUGAGGGGUGCAUAUGCGCCACCUGCAUGCUCACGUCCACGCUCAAUCCUGGCCCGAACCAGCAGCGGCGUCCAACAACUCAGCUACUCCUCUGCACGGCCGAGGAAAGACGAUCCGUCAACGGGUGGACAGUUCAGUUUCCGCGGCAUGCCUGCGCCGCCGCGGCUGCCCAAGGAGGAGCAGGACGUGUUUGAGGCGCUGCAGCGUCAGUCGACGGGGGCGUUCUCAACGCCGCGGGUUAAUCAGUCGCCAGACUCGUUGUCUCCGACCGAGGGAGAUGCGGCCGCCGCCACCGUCGGCGGCGUCAAAGACCAGACGAAACCUCAGGACAACCAAUAUACUCAUGUGAUUGACGCGAGCGGUGCAGGAGAGGAGUUGCACCCCAACUUGGUGAGAGGGGCACAGCCCGAGUUUGAGGGCGACAGAAAUCCAAAGACGGGGGAGAUUGGAGGGCCCAAGAACGAACCGCUGAGAUGGGGUCCCAGUGGGGAGUGGACGUAUAAUGGGCGAGCUACGGAUUUUUAG